CGUCUUGGACGAAGGCUGGACCUGCGCGGAUCUCCACUUAUCCCGGGCCGGGCUCGACCAGCAAGACCACAACACCAGAAGGAAGAUCUACGGCCCGAACCUCAUCGAGGUGCCGGUCAAGUCCUACGCGAGGCUGUUGGUGGAGGAGGUGCUCAAUCCCUUCUACAUCUUCCAAGUGUUCAGCAUCGUGCUGUGGGUCUGCGACGCCUAUUACUACUACGCCGCCUGCAUCUUCCUCAUCUCCACCAUCUCCCUGGGGCUGUCCCUCUACGAGACGAGGAAGCAAAGCUCCACGCGGCAAAAAAUGGCCAAGAUGUCGGUCGGGGUCCGAGUGCGUCGCCCCGGCGGAGAGGAGAUGGUGGUGAGCUCCGCGGAUCUGGUGCCGGGCGAUUGCAUCAGCCUCCCCGCGGACGGGAUGCUGGUCCCUUGCGACGCCGCGCUGCUGACGGGCGAGUGCAUGGUCAACGAGAGCAUGCUGACGGGGGAGAGCGUGCCGGUGAUGAAAACGCCUCUCCCGGCGGAGGGCAGGCAGCCGGCACCGUCUAUUCGCCCGAGGAGCACCGGCGGCACACGUUGUUCUGCGGGACGCAGGUCAUCCAAGCCAAAUCCUACGUGGGCAGAGAAGUGGUUCUGCACGGCCAAAGGGGACCUCAUCAGCUCCAUCCUCUACCCCAAACCCGUGAGCUUCAAGUUCUACAAGGAUGCCGUGAAGUUCGUCCUCUUCCUCGCCGUCCUGGCUUUUGUCGGCACGGUGUACAGCAUCGUCAUCUUGGUUAAAAACCAGGUUCCCGUGGGGCAAAUCAUCAUCCGUGCCCUCGACCUCGUCACCGUCAUCGUGCCCCCGGCUCUGCCGGCCGCGAUGACCGUGGGCACCAUCUACGCCCAGAGCAGGCUGAAGAAACGGGGUAUCUUCUGCAUCAGCCCUCCCCGCAUCAACCUCUGCGGGAAGAUCCGCCUGGUUUGCUUCGACAAG